GGCGGGGGCGGUUUAAAGGCGGCGGCGCGGCGGGGGCCGGCGGUGGCGGCGGCGGCGGCGAGGAGGAGCGGAGAGGCGAGGAGCGAGCGGAGAGAAGGAUGCUGAAGAGCUGCGGGAGGAAGCUGCUCCUGUCCCUCGUGGGCUCCAUGUUCACCUGCCUCCUGGUGCUCAUGGUGGAGCCGCCGGGGAGGCCGGGGCUGACCCGGGGGGAGGCCGGCGGGGCGCAGCGGGCGCUGCAGAGCCUGGGGGCGGCGGCGGCCGUGGCCCCCCCGGCGGCACAGGGGCCCCCCGGGCUCCGCAGCUUCGCCGACUACUUCGGGCGGCUGAGCCGAGCGCGGCGGGAGCUGCCCGCGGCCCCACCGAGCCCCCCGAGGCCGCCGGCCGAGGACAUCUCCCCCCGCGAUGUCUUCAUCGCUGUCAAGACCACCAAGAAGUUUCACAAGGCGCGGCUGGAGCUGCUGCUCGACACCUGGAUCUCCCGCAAUCGCGACAUGACCUUCAUCUUCACAGACGGGGAGGAUGAGGAGCUGAAGAAGCAAGCACGAAACGUCAUCAACACCAACUGCUCGGCUGCCCACAGCCGCCAGGCCCUGUCCUGCAAGAUGGCUGUGGAGUACGACAAGUUCAUUGAGUCGGGCAGAAAGUGGUUCUGCCACGUGGACGAUGACAACUAUGUGAACGUGCGGAUGCUGGUCAAGCUGCUCUCCAGCUACCCCCACACACAGGACAUCUACAUCGGGAAGCCCAGCCUGGACCGGCCCAUCCAGGCUACAGAGAGGAUCAGCGAGAACAAGAUGCACCCUGUGCAUUUCUGGUUUGCCACAGGUGGAGCGGGGUUCUGUAUCAGCCGGGGGCUGGCGCUGAAGAUGAGCCCUUGGGCCAGCGGGGGUCACUUCAUGAGCACCGCGGAGAAGAUCCGCCUGCCCGACGACUGCACCAUCGGCUACAUCAUCGAGUCCGUGCUGGGCGUGAAGCUCAUCCGGAGCAACCUUUUCCACUCGCACCUGGAGAACCUCCACCAGGUGCCCAAGUCGGAGAUCCACAAACAGGUGACACUAAGCUACGGCAUGUUCGAAAACAAGCGCAACUCCAUCCACAUGAAGGGAGCCUUCUCUGUCGAGGAGGACCCAUCCAGGUUUCGCUCCGUGCACUGCCUGCUGUACCCCGACACGCCGUGGUGCCCCACCAACAUGGUUUACUAGGAGGCGCGUGUCCCCUCCAACCUCGUCCCGAAUUUCCCCGGUAUCCGACGGGCGUGCGGGACCUGCGUGCGGGUGUCUCAGUCUGGCCUCGUCGCGAGGCGGACGGACGGACGGACGGACGUCGUUGCUGUGGUAUUGCACAGUGUGUGUGUACUGAAGGCUGCUGUGCGGCCCCUUGUCCCCUGCCCUGCCUGCCUGGCUGCCCGUGCCCGCCGCCUGAUCCGGCCGGGAUGGUGGACAGGGACGGGUCCUGAGCACUUAAACUGUUGGGCACCCGCGGCUGGUGGGCCCCACGCCAUGCGUGGGAAGCGACCACAGCGCGGGGCCUUGCCCGCCCCGGGCUUGCUUCUCCUUCAUUUUUUUUUUCCUUUCAAAUGUCAAGUUUUUUGGUGUGUUCUUCCCCUCUUUUCAUCUACCCUCCACCCCACUCCCAUAACCCCUCACCCACCCCACCCUCUCUCGCAGUCCCAAAAUCUCAGCAGCAAAGCUCUGGCUCCCAAUUCAGAUGAGGGAUCCCUGUGAGUUUUGCUCCCUGGCUCGGCAGGCAGGCAGGGGCAGGCAGGGGAAUCCUCUGGCCAUGGCAGUGGCUGCUCCAGGGUGCUGCAAAGCUGCUGGGUGCUCGAUGGCUGCACUGGAGGGAGAUGGGGUGGGCUGGGAGCCGGCGUUGGCAUUAGCUCUGUUUCCUGGAGCUCCCCCUGUAUGGCUGAACUGUUGCCGGCAGCACUGAUCUGCACACUAUUUAUAGACUCAUGUAAAGACUUUCUAUAAAUACAGGGGUGGGAGGAGGGCUUUUCCGGAGCUGCCAGAGCGGCGUGGGCAUCGUGUUUGUGCAGGGUCUCCCUCCAGUGCCGCCUCCCUGCCUGCUCACAGGCAGCCCUGCACCUCUGCAGAGGAGCACCUCAAAGUCCAGGCAGGGGCUCUGUGGGUGUCCCCUGCCCCACUGUGGGGCCAGAGCAUCCUCCAGCACUGACCUGGCUGUGGGUGUUGCUGGGGUGGCCGGAGCACCCAGGAGGCAUCCGGCCAGCCAAGCUCCUGCCAUGGGCAGGCAGUGUUUCCCAGCCUGGCUGUUAUGCUCUCCCUGAUGGAAAGGGAUUUAUCCAGGGAGAGAGAGGGACCCUACAUCUUCUGAGAGCUGCCUUGCCUGCCACCAUCAGCCCUCUGCCCCUCGGCUGAGCCAGAGCUGAACGUUUCCAACCUGAAGCUGAGUGAAAAUAGCCCAUAAUGGGUGUGUUGUAAAUACGUUAUUGUGCCAGUAUUUUUUUUACUGUGCCUUUUUUUUAAGGAAAAAAAAACCACAUUGAGAAAUAUGUAGAUUUAAAAUGCUUUUUAUACAUUUUCUGUGGAUCAGAAAAAGAAAAAUCCCCAACCUUUGAUAAUCUGUUUAAGAAAGAAAGAAAGAAAAAAAAAAUUUGCGAUGUCUUGUAACUAUCACUUACCUUAAUUUAUAUGUUCCAGUAUCUGGAAUGUCACUCUGUGCUUUUUGUAACUAGGAUGUGUUUAAAGCAAUAGCUGUGGGAAGGGGAACCAGCAUGGACAGUGUGUUCUCAGGGACCUGAACCCGACUGCUGCCACGGGGUUCCCGUGGGAGCGGUCACCAAUAAAGUGGCUUUUUUGCUGACCACAGUCA